GUUUUCAGAGAGAGCACUCAAACUAAACAAAGCCGGAGAUUCGGACUAUUUGCCAGAUGUGCCACGUGCGUAAACGCGCACACCCCUUUCAAAUUCAAGAAGUGCUCUUUGUUUGAUUGUAAGAUCCGGACAUUAUUCUGACACGCUGUGAGUCCCAUUCUGUAUUUCGGACAUGGACAUGUAACUGAUGUGGCGCAUUGGUCACUGUCGACACUGGAUUUCUCUCCACACGUGUACGACAUCACUUAAUAGAGAUCAUUUCCUCAUAAGGAAUGCAAUAGAGGAGGAACCAGAAAACCAACCUGCCACUAAACCGUAUCAAAAAGGAACCACUUCCCGUCGGUUCCCUGCCUGUGUGGAACGCCGCUAUCUCCAGUUACCGUCUGAAGGCUGUGGAUGUAGAUCUGUGAAGGCGAUCUGCAGGUGUAUUUUAUUCCCCAGCCAGCAUAUCGCUCUGACAUUGCCUGCCUGGCUAAUGAAAGGGCAAUUUCUCAAAGCCAUGAGUGGGCACAUUCUGAGAGGAAGAAAUAUCUGGAUCUUCUGCUGUCUUGUGCUGCUUGUUCUUGGUGUCAUUUCCUUAAACUCAAGGUAUUUAACAGACACUGUCCAGAGGAUGGAUCUGCCAGUGGCCAGUACAGAACCACCAAGACAUUUUGUUAAUGUGGACGACACACUCAACUUUGGAGCCAGACCAGCAGUUCAGACACGCACAUCUUGGAGAGCUCCGAUCAUCUGGGAGGGAAUGUUUGACCCCAAAGUUUUCGACCAAAAGCACAUCCAAGAAAAUUCAACUGUGGCCCUCACUGUGUUUGCUGUGGGAAGGUACCUGGAUGCGUAUAUCAAGACUUUCCUCACGUCAGCAGAACAGCAUUUUAUGUUGGGAUUACCGGUGACGUAUUAUGUGUUCACGGAUUUACCAGACAAGGUGCCGAACAUCACAGUCGCUCCUCAGCGAAGCCUUAGAGUCAUGCAGGUGUCGAAGCACAACCGGUGGCAGGACAUCUCCAUGAUGCGAAUGAAGACGAUAUCGGAAGUGAUCGAGUUGGAGCUCCGCCACCACUUCAGAUAUGUCUUCUGCUUUGACGUGGAUCAGGAGUUUAAGGGGAGGUUUGGCUCUGAGGCUCUGGGGGAUUCUGUGGCUUUGCUCCAUGCCCACUAUUACAAAGCAGAAGAGCCUGCUUUCACCUACGACAGAAAUGUCAAAUCCAAAGCCUUCAUGAAAACCGGAGAUUACUACUACCACGCUGCCAUCUUUGGAGGCACAUGGGAAAAUGUGAAGCAUUUGGUGGAUGCCUGCUAUCUGAACAUCAUGGUGGAUAAAAUGCAUGAUGUGGAGGCUCUGUGGCACGACGAGAGUCAUCUAAACAAAUACUUUUGGAUUCAUAAACCAAGCAAGCUGCUCUCCCCCGAGUACUGCUGGGAUGAAAGCAUUGGUGACAAGUCAGACAUCCACGUCUUCCGCCUUGUAUGGGCGCCAAAGCAUUACGACACACUUCGUACUAAGUAGAACGGCAAGACAAUCAGAACAGAAUAAUCUUUGUGAGAAAAGUGUACAGUUGUUUACUAUAAGUUUUGGAUCGGUUCUUAGGUUGAGGAAAGUCGACUGGUAGAAAAACACAAGUAAUUUUAAGCACUUGUAAGUCUUUAUGAGACUUUGUCCUUGUGUUUAAGCAUGUUCUAGGAGUUUUUCUUUUUUUUUUACAUAUCUACACUGUAUUAUUAUGUACGUAAUAUAAAAUAUUUUUCUAGAAAUCUUUUGGAACCAGGUUAGAGAUAAAGCAACCUAUCCAAGCACAGCUAAAUGUCGGAGAGGAAAGUUGAUGAAUUAACGCACAAACGCACCUCUGUGAUUUGUUAAAGAAAAAAAAUGUGAUAUUAAAUUGCACUAUUUUGUUUAUUUUUGGAGUAUUUUUCCUACUGUAUUUAUUGGGAUAAUUGCUGAAUACAUCCAAGGGAAAGUUAAAAUCCCCAAUUUAUCUAGCAUACAGGGGUGGAUCUACUGGGGUGGAAUAGGGUGGUAACUGCCACCCCUAGAAGAUGCCUUGCCACCCUGGCUGCCACCCCAGUUCUGAACGAUCUAAUUCAAAAAUAUGUAUAUGAAAGUUUGUGGCCAGCCGUAAAGAGCGGAAGUCCAGGAAAGACGAAUAACGAGUGAAACUCCGAUGUCCGAGUGCUUUCGAAUGCAACAUGUAGACGUCACGUCCUGUACAGUCUAUGCUGCUACAGAUACGAGGUGACACGCCCCCCCUGAGGAGCUGAUCUUAGAUCUCACUCAUGUGGAUGACAGCUGGACUUCGGUGUGACAGUAAGACACUACUUAGACUGGGUUAGACUACAUGCUAAUAUAACUGUUCACAAUGUAUUAAAUGCUAAUAGUGUCUAAAUUCACAUAAAGUGUUUGUUUGCGAGACGAGCCACGGUUUCCAGUGAGCCUGGGCCUUGCUAAUUUUUACUUCUGUAGCUAGCUAAUGUUAGAGAACAGCCACAGAAGGAUGGUGGGGGAUCGUCUGUGGAAGUUUUUCUUUUCUCUUUUUGAUAAUUACAACCUGUGGUUCUUCUGAUAAUAGGCUCUAAGUCAAAAGAAAUCACACAUUCACUCAGACUUUACAUGACAUUAAAGUGUAACUAAAGUUCCAGUCACAGCAGGUUUUCAUGCACUGUUUGAAAACUACAUUCUGCUUGUUUAAUGUUGGUUUUUAUAAUAUUGGUGUCAAGAUCAUAAUAACACCAACAUUGACGUGUUUAGUACAGUCAUAUCAUUUAGUUUACAGCUGAAAAAACGUUUACAUGUGUCAAGUGGGGCCUAGUUUUGAGAUCCCAGAAGCAACCACUACCAGAGGUUACUAAAAAGGUCAUAAGCAGAUUAAUAAAAGCAGACUAAUAGAGAUCUACAAGAGAAACUACAUAAGGUAACUACAUGAUUAUGCUUGAGCAGAACAAUGAUUUUCAUAGGCUGAUAUAUAUUCUGAAAUGUUGAAGUUUUUAAGUAAAAGGUGAAUAGUAGUGAUUUAAAUAGGUAAUUUUUCAUAAAAUGUUUAAAAUGUUUUAAGAUAAGAAUGUGAUGAUUGAAAGAAAUGAUUAUAAGUAACUAGUACUGUGUCUGAAAAGAAGAAGUUGAUUUUAAACUGCGCACUUACAAGAAAGAGGAGCUAAAGUAUUAGCCAAUGAUGAGAAAUGCUUGGUUUCUGCAGGGCAAUGCCCUUUGCAGGAUACAGUUCCAAAUAUGGUUAUAAGAAGUACUGGUGUUGAUCAAUGAGUCAAAAUGAAGUAUGUUAAUGUGUGCGUAUGUACAAUGUGUGUAAUCAAACUGAAAUGUAAUGUAAUCAAAGUACAAUCACUGAGUGUGUAGUAGAAGUGUGUAACUGUGUAACCAGUGUGAGUCUAGUAGUUGAGAAACUGAGCGUGCAGAUAGUGUGUGUGUGUGUGUGUGUGUGUGUGUGUGUGUGUGUGUGUGUGUGUGUGUGUGUGUGUGUGUGUGUGUGUGUAUAUAUUAGGAGAUGAGAGUAUAAAAAGGGGAGACAGAGACACAGUAUUCGGAGUUCUAGGAGUUUUCCGUGGACUUAACACGGAGUUAAGUCUGUCAGAGUUCUUUGAGGACAUCGUUAGAUACAAAGUUUUUCUGACUUUGUUCAAGAGAAGAGGACCAAACUCUGCUGAAAGAAGAGUUCCAGUCAGUCUGCAGUUUUACUGAGGGGAGAAAAGAGAAAGACAUCUGCAACACCCAAGAAGGCAACGGAGGCGACAGCAGGGAGCUGGUCUCACCCAGAGACGGGAGAGUCGGGGACUCUCCACCUCGUCAGCUGGGGACUUUGAAUCUCUCCCACUGCCGUUCCAUCUUCUGCUAUCAAAAACUACUGCACGACCAAGAUUGGUUUUUGGGACUUUUCCGCUCCCCCUGCUGAGGAAGGACACUUUUUGGACUAAAAGAGACUUUGUACGGAGUUUCCAGAUCCACUACAGAGUUUGCCCAGACGCAGGUUAAGACCGGAUGUGGCAGCUAAGGCCAAGCUGUCCGUCCUCUCUGUCUCCUAAGUUAUACAAAUUAGAGAAGAUUUCUUAGAAAGGCUCAGUUCUAAUAGUUUUUAGUUAUUAUUGAUUAACUUUGAUUAUGAUUGAUACACUGCCCAAUCAUGAGCUGAUGCUAUGCCCUUGCUGAUUUUAUUCAAUAAAAUGCUAUAUUGCA